AUCACCGUUUUUCUGAGUGUCAAAUGUAAUUGAUUGGUUGUAUAAAAGAGCAAUGCAUUUUUUUUAAAAAAUUUUCUGACUGUAUUUCCCAUUUCUUACAUUUUUCUAAACUAUGGAUUACUUAAAUACUCUUACCACUCAUAAUACACACAUUCACAAUGCUGUUGAUCUUGUCAGAAAGUUUCCGGUCACCCAGAAGUUGACGGAUAUGUACAAACGAUCCUCAAAGAAUGAGCUCUUGUUCAUUGGUGCUGCUACAUACAUUGCUUUGUAUAAUUUCUCUGCAUACAUCAAGGAAAAACGUCAAAAAUUAAAUAAUCCUCCUGCUGUUCCAUAUGGUCUCCCUAUUUUUGGUCACAGUUUGUACUUGAUUUUCUUCCCUGGAAAAUUCAUGGAUUGGUGUAACGAAAAAUAUGGAGAAAUGUACAACCUCAAUCUCAGAGGUAAGACUGUUACUGUCGUAGGUGGAAAAUCUGGUGAAGAAUCAAUGAAAUCCGACGCCACCGAAUUGUCGUUGUCAGAUGCUAUUGUUAGAGACGUUCUUCAUCUUGAUUACGUAUUCGAUGAAAAUGUUUUGGGCCAUAGUUUGACAACCGUCCCUGAAGUUGUGAAGAUUGCAGUUACAAACUCAAAGAUGCCCAUGUAUGUUCCUGGUAUCAAGUCUGGCUUAAAAAAUGCAUGUGAUGCAUUGUUGAAAGAGAAAACUACAGUUGUUCAAGGUCCUAGUAGAUUCUUCCAGAAUUUCGUUGCUUACAUGACCGUUCCUGCUUUCGUUGGUGAUGAAUUUGCCUUGAAUGUGGAUGUUAUUGAAUCCUUUGCUUUUUUCACUGGAGACAUUAUCAAAAAUGUUGGCACAUUUAUGAUGAUUCCCAAGCCGUUGCACAAGUUUGUCUUACCUUAUGUUCAAUCUGCUAAAAAGCAUCACGACUGCAUGUUGAAGUACAUCGCACCAGCUGUUCGUGAGCGUCGUGCAAAGAUGCAAGCUGCCGAAGAAGCCGGCGAGGAGCACGGUCUUGUCAAUGAUUUUUUGCAAGGUAUUAUUGAAUACAUUCAUAUAGAUGAGAAUGGCGUCGAAUCGAAUAUCUCUGCUGAAGAUAUUGCUCAUAUUGUAUUGUUGGUUGCUUUUGCAUCCGUACACACUACUUCAAUGAACACAAGUUUCUGUAUUUACUGGUUACUUGCUCGUCCUGAUUUGAUGGCCAGUUUGAAAGAAGAAAUGGAGCGUGUUGUUCCCGGAGAUUCGCCCGUCACAGCUGAAGCUUUAGCACAAAUGCAUUUCUUAAAUAAUUUCAUCCGUGAAUCUAUUCGUCAAGGCGUUGAUAAAUUAUCCAAGGGCAGAAAAGCUGUGAAAGACUAUACUUUUGCCAACGGAUACCAGGUGCCCAAGGGACGUCUUGUUUCAGUCGCUUCUCGUCAAAUGAACUUUGGCGGCAACUUCGUCAGAAACACGAUUGAUGGUAUGGACCCUGAAAUGUCUAAAAAUAAGCCCGUUACUACACCUGGAAGAGAUUUUGUUUCAUUUGGUGCCGGAAAACAUUUGUGUCCAGGUCGCUUCUUCGCUGUUCAAGAAAUUCAAAUGACACUUAUUUAUCUUCUCAGAAAUUACGACAUUACAACUGUUAGUGGGAAACCUCCUAAACCAGUUUACAGCCUUGCUGGCUAUAUGUCCACCAAUAGUGAAGAGCCUUUGAUCUUUACUCGUAAAAAUUAAUAGACCUAAUCCCUCAUUCUAGCACAUAUCAUUAACAUUAUCUAAAGUAACCACUACUCAAUAAAACUUAAAGAAGAUCCAUCCUGUCACCAAAUCAGAUUGCUAUUCCGAUUCAUCUAAACACCGCUAUCAUAAAAUUUUAUGCCAUGAUACUUCGAAUUUCGUAAAUUAAGUAAAAAAGCAUAAACCAAACAAUAAGAGUAUCCCGAAAAGAAAAAGGAUAGAACUGAAAAGAAG